GCGGCGGGGGAGCCGAGCCCCCCGCGCCUCGCUGGCCGCGCCGGCUCCCUCCCCCCGCCCUCCCCCUCCUCCUCCUCCUCCUCCCGCUCCUCCCGCCCCGGUGCGAAGGGCUUUCGCUGCUUUUCCCCGCUCGUUCCUCCCUCUCCCCUCCGCGGAGCGCGGUGCCGGGAGGCGCGGGCAGAGGCGCGGGGAUGGGUCGGCCAGCGGCCCCCAGCCCGCCCGCCCGCCGCCGCCGCCGCCCGCCGCCGCGCCCCCUCCCCGGCCGGCGGGAGAGGGCGGCUCUCCCCCGCCGCCCGCCGCGCCUCCCGCUCUGAAUUGCUGCCCGUCGGCCGGCCUCGGCAGAGGCGGGGAGGGGGUACGUCCCCUCGCACUUUCCCCCCGCCCCCACUUCUUUCCCCCCCACCUUUUUUUUGCCUUCCCCCCCAUCACCCCCACCGCCAGCCCAUUUCUCCUCCACGGGGGCUCUUCGGCGGCCAUGCGGCCGGUCCCGGGCGAGCGGCUUUAACUCGCCCCCUCGCCCGGAUGGCCCCCCGGAGCCGCGGGCGGAUGGAGCCGAGCUACGUCGUGGGUAUCUGCUGCCUGGUGCUGCUGGAACCGGGCCGGGUGUGGAGCGGCGAGCCCAGCACCGGGGGGCCCGGUGAGAGCGGGAACGGCAGCCAGGCACCGGCGGCGGAGACCGCGGCUCCCGCGCCCACCGGGGCAGCACCGCCGGGCGGGGACCGCUGCCGCGGUUACUACGACGUGAUGGGGCAGUGGGACCCGCCGUUCAACUGCAACGCCGGCAUCUACCAGUACUGCUGCGGGACCUGCGGGUACCGCUUCUGCUGCCAGUUCAAGCCCGGGCGCCUGGACCAGAGCGGCUGCUCCAACUACGACACCCCCAACUGGGUCAACACGGGCCAGCCACCCACCCGGGUGGACGAGACCCCCGAGGACCCCACUCGUGACAAGACCAACAUGAUCGUCUACAUCAUCUGCGGCGUGGUGGCCAUCAUGGUGCUGGUGGGCAUCUUCACCAAGCUGGGCCUGGAGAAGGCACAGGGUCCCCAGACAGAGAUGACCGUCUCCAGGACACUGACAGACCUGCUGAAGCAGCCGGGCCUUGGCCCCUCUGAGCAUGUGGACGGUCUCAUGGGGGGCAUGCAGGUCCCACUGGGCGAGGGUCUGGCCCGAGGUUCCCCCAGGAACAGCACAGACAAGCCGCCCUUGAACAACGCAGUGGCCAUCGCCCCCCCGCUGGGGCGGCCCCACGGCCACGGCAAGAGCCUGCCCCUGGGCAGCAGCCUGGGCACGCCAGCCCCUGCCUACACCGCCUACACCACCCUCAAGGCUGGAGAGAGCGCCCCCGAGGACUUCUACAGGCGGUUCGGGGGGCCAGAGGUGCCCCCCACCAGCACCCUGCCCUUCUUGCCCACCGAGGGCCCGCUGCUGCCCGAGAGCUGCCCCACAGCCAAGGCCAAGGGCCCCAAGCUGCCGGGGGGCCCGGCCUUCCCGGGGGGCUGGGAGGGGGGCCCCCCCCGUGGCCCCCGCCGGCCCGGCCUGGCCACCCUGUGCCCCGAGGGGCCGCCCGAGGCCUUCGGCCCCAGCGCCCCGCUGUACGGGCAGCCCCCCCGGCACCUCGCCACCAACAGCAAGACCGAAGUCACCGUCUGACAGCUGGCACCAUCGGGGACCGGGGCUGGGGCUGCCCCUCACCCGAGCAUGCUGACGGCAGAGCAUCCAGGUCCUACCCAGCUGGCCGCGGCGGGACGAGCGCCGUCUUGUCUUCCCUCUCCUGGGGAUGGGGGCUGCC